AUGCGUAUUCAUCAUCACCACUUGUGGGUGAUCGUCAUCUUCCUCACAGAGCUACUAUGCUUCUGGGCCUCGGAAUCUCAGACCCUCACGUGCAACCCACGUGACCUCGAGGCCCUGCGUGACUUCAUAGCCAACCUCGACCCGAAACCAGACGACUGGGUCAACGACGGCGCCGCAGAUUGCUGCAAUUGGACCGGAAUCACCUGCAACUCCUCCUCCACCGAUCCAGACAGAACCAGGAGAGUCACUAAACUCGAGCUCGCGAAAUCAAAGCUGUCGGGAACACUCUCUGAUUCUCUAGGUAAGCUGGAUCAGAUACAAAUUCUCAAUCUCUCUCGUAACUUCAUCAGAGACUCGAUCCCUCUCUCGAUUUUCGCAUUGGCGAAUCUACAAACCCUUGAUUUGGGCUUCAACGAUCUCUCCGGCGAAAUCCCAAACAGCAUAAACCUUCCUUCGCUGCAAAGUCUCGAUCUUUCAUCCAACAAGCUCAACGGCUCGCUUCCGUCUCACAUCUGCCACAACUCGACUCAAAUCAAACUCGUGAAACUCGCGGUGAACUUCUUCGCCGGAGAUUUCCCUUCCGGGUUCGGGAAAUGCGUUUCCCUCGAGCAUCUCUGUCUGGGCAUGAACAAUCUCACCGGCAACAUCCCUGCGGAUUUGUUCCAUCUCAAAAGUCUGAACCUUUUAGGGAUCCAAGAGAAUCGUCUCUCUGGGCCGUUGAGCCCUUCGAUUCGCAACCUCACCAGCCUCGUCCGUCUCGAUGUUUCCUGGAACCGAUUCUUCGGCGAAAUCCCCGACGUGUUCGACGGUUUGCCUCGGCUUAACUUUCUCUUAGCUCAGACCAACAGAUUCACCGGAGGAAUCCCUAAAUCGCUCGCGAAUUCGCCUACCUUGAAUCUGCUCAACCUGAGGAACAAUUCGUUAACCGGUCCUCUGCAAUUGAAUUGCACGGCGAUGAUCGGUUUAAACUCUCUCGAUUUGGGAACUAACAAAUUCAACGGCUCGUUACCGGAGAAUCUCCCGGUUUGCAAGCGGUUAAAGAACGUUAACCUCGCGCGAAACGCCUUCCGCGGACAAGUCCCAGAGAGCUUCAAGAACUUCCAGAGCCUCUCUUACUUCUCCUUAUCCAAUUCGAGCUUGGUUAACAUCUCCUCCGCUCUCAGGAUCCUCCAGAAUUGCAGGAACUUGACGACUCUCGUUCUCACGUUGAAUUUCCACGGAGAGGCUUUACCUGAUGAUGAGAGUCCUCUUCGUUUCGAGAAGCUUAAGGUCCUCGUCGUUGCCAAUUGCAGGCUUACCGGUUCGUUACCGAGAUGGUUAAGAUCGAGCGAUGAGCUUCAAUUGCUGGAUCUUUCUUGGAACCGGUUAACCGGAGCUAUACCGAGCUGGAUCGGUGGAUUCAAGGAUCUGUUCUACUUGGAUUUGUCUAACAACUCUUUCACCGGAGAAAUCCCGAAGAGCUUGACGCAGUUGCAGAGCCUCACUACCCGGAACAUCUCGUUCGACGAACCGUCGCCGGAUUUUCCGUUCUUCAUGAAGAGGAACGAGAGCGCGAGAGCUCUGCAGUACAAUCAGAUAUUCGGUUUCCCGCCGACGAUCGAGCUCGGCCACAACAACCUCUCUGGACCUAUUUGGGAGGAGUUUGGUAAUCUGAAGAAGCUUCAUGUGUUUGAUCUGAAAUGGAACGAGUUAUCCGGUUCGAUCCCGAGCUCGCUUUCCGGUAUGACGAGCUUGGAGGUUCUUGAUCUCUCCAAUAACCGUCUCUCCGGUUCGAUCCCGGUUUCUCUCCAGAAGCUAACGUUUCUGUCGAAAUUCAGCGUUGCGAGCAACAGUCUCACCGGGAGAAUCCCUUCCGGCGGUCAGUUUCAGACGUUUCCGAACUCGAGCUUCGAAAGUAACGACCUUUGCGGCGAACAUAGGUUCCCCUGUUCCGGAGAAGCGUUGGAUCGUAGCUACGAACAAGGAACAAAACGGUCGAGAAGAAGCAGAGGAGGCGAGAUUGGGAUGGCGAUUGGGAUCGCGUUCGGCUCUGUUUUCCUCCUGACGCUUCUCGCGGUGAUCGUGCUGCGAGCUCGAAGACGGUCAGGGGAAGUUGAUCCGGAGAUUGAAGAAGAGAGCAUGAACCGGAAAGAGCUCGAGGAGAUUGGGUCGAAGCUUGUGGUUCUGUUUCAGAACAAUGAUAAAGAUCUCUCCUUUGACGAUCUUAUGGACUCGACGAACAAUUUCGACCAAGCCAACAUCAUCGGCUGCGGCGGGUUCGGCCUGGUUUACAAGGCGAUGUUACCGGACGGGAGGAAAGUCGCGAUCAAGCGGUUAUCCGGCGACUGCGGUCAGAUCGAGAGAGAGUUCAAAGCUGAGGUCGAGACGCUAUCGAGAGCGCAGCAUCCGAAUCUUGUUCUGCUUCAAGGGUUCUGUUUCUACAGAACGGACCGGCUUUUGAUCUAUUCGUAUAUGGAGAACGGAAGCUUAGACUACUGGCUACACGAGCGUAACGACGGACCGGCUUUACUGGAUUGGAAGACUCGGCUUAAGAUCGCUAGAGGCGCAGCGAGAGGGUUGCUUUACUUGCAUCAAGCUUGUGAUCCACAUAUCUUGCAUAGAGAUAUUAAGUCGAGUAAUAUACUUCUUGAUGAGAAUUUUGAUUCGCAUUUGGCGGAUUUCGGGCUCGCGAGGCUGUUGAGUCCUUACGAGACCCAUGUGAGCACUGAUUUGGUUGGGACUUUGGGUUACAUUCCUCCGGAGUAUGGUCAGGCUUCGGUUGCUACUUUCAAAGGAGAUGUGUAUAGCUUUGGCGUUGUGCUUUUGGAGCUUUUGACGGAUAAGAGGCCUGUGGAUAUGUGUAAGCCAAAGGGAGGUAGGGAUUUGAUCUCGUGGGUGGUGAGGAUGAAGGGUGAGAAUCGUGCGAGUGAGGUUUUUGAUCCGUUGAUUCAUGGGAAAGAGAAUGAGAAAGAGAUGCUUAGGGUUCUUGAGGUUGCUUGUUUGUGUUUGAGUGAGAAUCCGAAACAGAGACCAAUGACUCAACAGUUAGUCUCUUGGCUUGAUGAUGUCUAG